AUGGAUGUCCUUGCUGAGAUUAACGCUAAGUUUCACUAUCAGACUGCCAACCUCAAUGGGGUUCAGUAUAAUUAUAUCUACGCAGAACCGGCUGGAGAGGUGGCCGGCACCGUAUUUCUCGUCCAUGGGUGGCCCGACUUAUCUCUGGGAUGGGUCAACCAUAUUCCCUUCCUCCUCUCCAAGGGCUUGAGCGUCGUUGCCUUGGACAUGAUGGGGUACGGAGGCACGGACUCUCCCGAAGACAUCAGCUUCUACACUUUUAAGCGCGCCUCAGAUGACAUUGCCGCUCUUGCGAGAAGACUCGGUCUCUCGCGUAUCAUCCUCGGCGGGCACGACUGGGGUGGCGGUGUGGUCUAUCGUGCGGCAAUGUGGCAUCCGGAGCUAAUUGCUGCCUUUUACUGCAUCAAUACACCUUUUGUACCUCCUCAGGCUGCCUUUACAGACAUGGCGCAUUCCUGGUCCGGUUUCCACUACCAGUUGCAGUUCCGUACCCGCACUAUCCAGGACUACCUUGGUCCGUUUGGCCAACAGGACGCUACUCGCGUACGGAAGCUGCUCAACACUAUCUAUGGGGUCACAGGCCCCACUGGUAAAUUAGCCAUCGAUGUCACUGGUAUAGGGCUUGAUUUUGAUCUCCUUGACGGUGUAACUGAGGACACCCCACUUCUCACCAAGAAGCAGAUUGAUUUCUAUGUGGACAGUUUUACCAGAAAGCCGUUUGACAAUACACUUAAUUGGUAUCGCACUAGUGAGCGGAACUGGGAGGAAGAGUUGCCGCUUGUUCCUGGCAACAUCAAAUAUACUGGCAAGUUUUCACAGCCCGCGCUUUUUAUUGCCGCGACCCUGGACCCGACCUUGCCUCCGGUUCUGUCAACAGGAAUGGAAACCUACUUUGACAACUUGGCCAGGGGCGAGGUCAAUGGAGGUCAUUGGAUGAGAUGGGAAAAGCCUGACGAAGUUGAUUCCUACGUGGGGAAUUGGCUGUCCUCUUCGGUGUUGGGGGACAAAUCUCUCGAUUUGACACCAGGUAUCAGGGCUCAAAUUGCUUCAUCUGAGCUUUGA